AUGGACCAGCGGAAAGAAACGGUCUCGAUCCCUAUGACCCCUUUUCAGCAUCAUGAGGAACCCAGCGUGCCAGCUUAUGCACCAUCCUAUCAACCCCAGUCACACGCUCCAGAACCUUACAACCCAGUCAAAUAUUCCCCUGACCCAUAUCUGUCGGGACCUUCCGCUCCAUCGGCCCCGUACACUCCACUGGACCCCUAUGCUCCAUCAGGUGACUGUUGUGGAGAUUGUCCGUCUCCCCCACCCUAUUCCUGCCAAGAUGUCCCUUGUGACCGAGUAGGACCAGUCUGCAUGAGCAACAACCCUCCCGUCGUGGUUGCCGGCAUCUUCUGCAGUAAACCAGCAUCAACCAUCUGCCCUUGCUGUCGCCAGAUCAUCACUACAGAUAUUGUCUUCCGCGUAGGACCGCUGACGUAUGCGGCAUGCACCGCCAUCUGCGUGAUGGGGGGCUGCCUGGGGUGUUUUCUUAUUCCCUUCAUGACCAAGUGCUGCAAGGAUGUCGAUCAUUACUGCCCGUGCUGCCGGUACCACAUCUACCGCUACAAGAGGAUAUAG